AUGAAUUUUAGGAGCUUAGAAGAGUUUUGGGCCUUCUAUGUGAACCAGCACUCAAAACCAUCCACAAGGCGCUGGCAUUUUGUCGGCACGCUUACUGGUAUUUUCUUCUUGCUUUGCUCGGUGGUUUUUAGCUGGUGGUUUUUGUUCUUUGUGCCAUUCUUUGGGUAUGGAUUGGCCUGGUACAGCCAUUUCUUUGUCGAGGGGAAUGUUCCUGCCACGUUUGGGCAUCCAUUUUGGUCCCUGCUGUGUGAUUUCAAGAUGUUUGGAUUGAUGCUUACUGGGAAAAUGGAUAAGGAGAUCAAGAGGCUCGGAAAGAGGCCUAUGUUGCAGAUCUUUUGA